AUGCCACCGGAAUCCACCUCAUCCAAGGGUGGAGGCAUGAUGUCUCUAUACGCCAAUCUCCUUGAUCCCUCCGCCGAGUCCGCCCCGGGCACCAUCUCCCGCGCUCCCGUGGUCUUCAAGCAGUCCGACGACGCGCAACCCGACGAGUCUGCUGCAAAGAAGCAGCAGUUCAAUCCUGCCUCUCUUCGAUUCCAACCAACCAUAAAACGACCUCAACUCGCCAACCAGAAGCCCAAAGCUAAACCCGCCCUCCCCAAAGCGACUGCACCACCAGCUGUUCAAGAUCCAACCCAUACUGCUACAUCUAUAUCUGCACCUGCAUCUGCACCUGCACCUGCACCUACUGGAAAAACUACACUUGCCGACUGGGCCGCUAUAGAAGAUGACGACUUUGGAUAUUAUAUGGGCGAGAAGCGGCAACGAGGCGGUCGAAAGAAGCGCAAGAAGAACAACAACACCCGCGAGGAGCGAUCCAUCCCGCAAAACUGGGAUGAUAUUUACGACCCCUCACGACCAAAUAACUACGAAGCAUACCGCCAUAGCGACGAGAAGAUCCUUGAAGUUCGAGAGUGGAAAGAUCGCCUAUAUGCCCAUCGCAUGAGGCGGUCGCCGAGCAUGGACUCGGAUAGCGAUUAUGAACGCCCAGUCAACCGCAACUUCGCGCCGCCCAGCAGCUUUGCGCCACCGCCAAACCUCAAUGAUAUCCCUCCUCCCCCUCCACCACCCGCGUCAAUCCCCGACGAUGCCUCUGGCGACGAUGCUUUUGCACGCCGUGCGCGUAUGGGUCAGCCUUCCAGCAAUGAUGCCCCCAUACCCGAUAAUUAUCACUCCCAACCCCCGCCUCCACCAGAAGAACCUCCUGCUCCUCCACCUCCAAACGACCCUACCGGCGAAGACGCAUAUAUGCGCCGACAACAACAGACCCAACCUCCACCGCCACCUCCAUCACUCCCACCUUCACGCUCGACAGAUAAUUUCCAACCCGCCUCUGCAACUAUAUCCCGAGCGCCAGUCCGCUACACACUUCCCCCCGCACCAGCCGAUAUCCCAGCUUCAGAAGCGGAACUCGAACAAGUCAUCGCAUCAGAAGAAGCCCCCGAGAACGAAGCCGAAGCCGAAGCCGAAAACUCAAGCAACGAGAGCACCGCGCCCCGCUCCCUACGCCCGGGCCAGAAGGGCUUCGCAGAGCGCCUUCUCUCAAAAUACGGUUGGACAAAGGGUUCCGGUCUGGGCGCGGAUGGAUCAGGUAUCGCGAAACCUUUGCAAGUCAAGGUUGAGAAGCGGAAGAAAAGGCCUGAUUCUGAGGGCGGGGGAUUUGUUACGCCUUCUGGACGGGGUACGAUUAUUGGGGGGAAGAGGAAGGGGGGUGAGGAUCCGGGGAAAUUUGGAUCUAUGAGUGAGGUUAUUGUUUUGAGGGGGAUGCUUGAUGGGAUGGAUUUGGAUACGGAGUUGAGUGGGGAAGGUGGUGGAUUGAUGCAGGAGAUUGGGGAAGAAUGUUCUGAGAAGUAUGGAAGUGUAGAACGCGUCUACGUCGCCAGAGAUGUCGGAACCCCAGUUCCAGUAUUUGUCAAAUUCACCAGCCCAUUAUCUGCUCUACGGGCUGUCAAUGCCCUCGAAGGACGAAUCUUCAACGGAAACGCGAUCACCGCGCGAUACUUUGACCCGGAGAAAUUUGCGCAGGCUGCCAGUGCUCUCCUAUUUGGAGUUUCAUCGGAGUAA